AUGGCGCUCCCUUCCUGUUGUCCCUCCGACGCAAACUGCACCUCCAACCCUAUUUCGAUCUCUUGGUGCGGUGCCCAGAGUAGCUUUUCUGCCCCUGAAGAGGAGCCCCCGUCUCUGCGGUCGACUCUCGAGAAACACAUGCGGCACCCCACGGGAUUUACACACACUCCAGGACAAGAGAAUGCGCGAAUCGAGCACCAGGCACACAAGCCCUGGCUGCAUUGGCCCGCGACUCUGGAAGAUGUCCGGCAGAGCGAGGCUCACAGACACCUUCAUGCGUAUCUGACGAGUUACAAAACAAUAGCUGCGAGGACGCGUCAAGUUCGCGACGCUGUAUUCAAGGCCUAUGAGAAGGGGCAGAUGUCCAGACAAACUGUGAAAGACACCGAGCGGAAUGUGGCUGCUUUCUUCCAGGGUGGCUCUGCUGCUGAUUGGGCGUUUUACUCAGCUGACUGCGACAAAGCCGUGUUUCGACAAGAGCAGUUCUUCCGAUAUCUCUUUGGCGUCAAUGAAGCCGACGUAUUCGGAUUGCUCGACUUCAGCCGACGCCAGGCGGUGCUGUUUGUGCCGUGGACUUCACCCGAGUACCAAAGAUUCAUGGGACCCCCGCGGGCGGCUGAGUGGUACAUGCAGCGGUACGGCCUUGACGGAGCCGUCGUCUACAAAGAGGGUCUCCAGGAAAUUCGAGAGGAGCUGAAAAAAAGACACAUUAGUCACCUCCUUGUUCUGCGUGGACAAAACAGCGACAGCGAUCGACUAGUGGAGCCUCCAGCUGUCGCGCGUGACCUCGGCAUUUCUUCGAUCGAUGAUUCUCAGUUUCUCUACGAUCUCCUGGCAGAAUGUCGGGUUCAUAAGACAGAACUGGAACGCGACUAUCUUCGAGCUGCGUGCCUCGUUUCGUCUCAAGGACACACGUUUGUGAUGCGGAAUAUUUACCCUGGGAUGGUAGAAGGCCAGGGAGAGGCCCUUUUCCGUGCCUUCGUGCACUACGCUGGCGGAGCUAGACACGUGGCCUACGACUGUAUUUGUUGCGCCGGGCCUCACGGAGCGAUACUACACUACGGCCACGCUGGGCGCCCGAACGACGGAGUGAUCAAGUGCGGCGAUAUGCUUUUGUUCGACAUGGGGGGAGAGUACGGUGGAUACUCGACAGAUAUCACACUCAGCUACCCCGUGAACGGCGUAUGCAGCCGGGAACAGCGCGUGGUGUAUGAGGCCGCCUACGAGGCCCAGAGAGCUGUGGAAAUGGCCAUGAAGCCGGGAGUCAUGUGGACGGACAUGCACCGGUUGGCGGAGAAGAAAAUUCUGGAGAGGCUUUUGGCUGCGGGAGUUCUCAAUGGGCCUUUGGAAGCAUGCAUUGCCGCGCAUUUGGGAAGUGUGUUCAUGCCCCACGGCUUAGGGCACCUUCUCGGCGUGGACACGCAUGACGUGGGCGGCUUCUCGCCUGAGUAUCCCCGAAGCUCGGAACCCGGUCUCUGCUACCUGCGAACUACGCGAAAACUCGAAGAAAACAUGGUCAUCACGGUGGAGCCAGGUUGUUAUUUUGUACCAUUUCUCAUUGACAAAGCUCUUAGCAACCCGACCCAAAGUCGCUUGAUCAACGCAGCCUCCUUGAAGCAGUACAUGCAUCUCGGAGGAGUUAGGCUUGAAGACGUCGUCCUUGUCACUUCUGAUGGCAUCGAGAACCUCACGGUCGUGCCGCGUCGCUUGGAAGAUGUCGAAGAGCUUCUGGCUACCCGAACAAGAAACGGACUCUCAGUUGAAACAGUGGAACAGAAAAAGCGAAAGGCAGUUUUGUAG